UAAACAUCCAGUCUAAAUCAUUUGCUUAAACAUUGUAGUUUUUUUAGGAACAUAUAUAAAUAAUAAAUCUUUAAUUUAAGUCCUUAGAAAACACUUUUUUAACAGGAUAUAUAUUUAAAUUAUGACUACCUUUUCUUUCUACAAACCUGAAGGGCGUAGCUCUUAUAUGCUUAAUGUUUCCGUUGAAGAGGAAGACAAUCUUCGCCAGAGCUCUAAGGACAAACAGGUGAAAACGCGCAUCUCUUUUGUACGCAGCAUUCCGAAUCCUGCAGCAUUUUACAACUUGCUGGCGUUAUUUACCGAAAGGAUAGUUCAAGAAGCCAGGAUUUGCUGGAAUCAAAUGUCCUGUCACCAGCGUGCACAAUUCGUCGAAAGAUCAAGUGAGAUUAUAAAGAGUCCAGUCAAAGGAAAAGCAAAGAAAGCCCAGAAGUGCCAGAAACGAUAUACCAGUCAAAAUGUCAAAACUUUAAGCCAAAGGAAAUAGCUGACUCUUGCUUGUAUAUUCAGAAUUUAUUAGUACAGUAGGACUGGAAAAAAUCAUAGGUGAUUUUUUUGUUAAAAAAAAUAG